CAUUAGGACCUGCAGGGCACAGGUGAGACUGACAGCUGGGAGAGCUGCCCCAGACACUUGCAGAUCUGGGCUUCUGGCAUCAGAACUGGCAGCCUGAGCUGUGGUCGCCCUGCCGCUCAUGUUACCCCGAGAAAAACUGGACCCGCUUCCUGACAGAUUCAUCCUGCAGCCACCAGUCUUCUACCCGGUGGUUCCUUACGUGACGACAAUUUUUGGUGGCCUGCAUGCGGGCAAGAUGGUCAUGCUGCAGGGAGCGGUCCCAAUGGAUGCACGGAGGUUCCAGGUGGACUUCCAGUGUGGCUGCAGCCUGCAGCCCCAGCCAGACAUUGCCAUCCACUUCAACCCUCGCUUCCACACCUCCAAGCCCCACGUCAUCUGCAACACCCUGCACAACGGGCGUUGGAAGGCGGAGGCCCGCUGGCCCAACCUGGCUCUGCAGAGGGGAGCCCGCUUCCUCAUCCUCUUUCUCUUUGGGAAUGAGGAGGUGAAGGUGAGCGUGAAUGGACAACACUUUCUCCACUACCCCUACCGGCUCCCGCUGUCCCGGGUGGACACCCUGGGCAUAUUCGGUGACAUCUUCGUGGAAGCUGUCGGGUUCCUGAACAUCAACCCAUUCGAGGAGGGCGAAAGAGAGUACCCAGUUGGACACCCCUUCCUGCUGAAAAGCCCUAGGCUGACGGUGCCCUGCUCGCGUGCUUUUCCCCGGGGUCUCUGGCCUGGGCAGGUCAUCGUAGUGCGGGGGCUGGUCCUGCAAGAGCCAAAGGACUUCACGCUGAGCCUGCGGGAUGAGUCUGCCCACACUCCCGUGACGCUCCGGGCUUCCUUCGUAGACAGGACUCUGGCCUGGAUCUCCCCGUGGGGACGGAAGACGCCUGUCUUGGCCCCCUUCCUCUUUUACCCCCAGAGAUUCUUUGAGGUGCUGCUGCUGUGCCAGGAGGGAGGGCUGAGGUUGGCACUCAAUGGGCAGGGUCUAGGAGCCACCAGCCUGUGCCAGGAGGCCCUGGAGAGGCUGCGGGAGCUUCGGAUAAGUGGCAGCGUCCAGCUCUUCUGCAUCCACUACUGAGGGGAAUCAGAGAAGAAGGGGUCAGCCUACACCCAGGCCCCCACAUUAUGGUCCCACUCUCCUCUCUGCAUUGAACUGUCCAGUGUCACCACCAUGUCAGGCCUGGCUCAUUUCUGGGGCCACGAGCCUGAGUCUGCAGGGGCUUUGGGCCCCACAGCAGAGGGAAGGCACAAGACUGUGAAGCCUCCUCAAAAUUCUGCACCUCCCUGCACCCUGAGCCUGGAAUUUGGCUCCAUCUUCCUUCAGAGCCUGGACCAGACUCAAGGGGGCAGGUGUUGUAGCCUAACAGAGACACCCCAAUAUACAGUGGCUUAAAGAAUGUAGAAGUUUAUUUCAUUCUCAUCUAGUGGUUCUGGGAGAAUGGUCCAGCUUGGUGGGGGAGCUCUGCUCCCCAGGGACAUUCGGGUCCUUCCUUGACAUCGUCUGUGUGGCUGAAGCACAGCUACCCCCAUAUCCAGGUCUCAUCCUUUCUACCUGCCUUCUCAGAGGCUGAAACCUGGGCCUGGGAUGGGCUCACGCUGUUUACAUGCGGGUCUCUUUGGCCAGACUGUCUGCAGGGGAGGCCACGGAAUAUUCUCCAGCAGCACGUGCCCAGCCAUAGUUCUAUAGAAGAAAGACAGAAGGGAUUUUGGUGGAAAGCUGCAAUCUCUGCAACAAGUAGGUACAUUAAUAUCCUCUUUUUAUAAAGAAGGAAACUGAGGCACAGAUUUUCCUUUACUUUCUCCCUUUUAUAUUGUAGUUGUCUUAAGUAAUACAUCUACAGACAUUAAAAACCCCAUUAGAUGGCUAACAUUUUUGUUUUCAACCAACAAAUAUAUUUUGAAGAGUUUAUUUCAGAGUUUCUCAAACCCAGUACAUUCCGAGUCAGAUAAUUCUUGGUUGUGGGGGAGUGUCCCGUGCACUGUGGGAUGUUUUGCCUUGUCCCACAAUCAUGACAAUAAAAGUCUCUAGACACUGCCAAAUGUCCCCUGGGGGGCAAAAUUGAGAAUCCCUGGGCUAUUAGAUUUACCCAGAUGUUUACCAUUUUUGUUGCUCUGCCUUUAUUCCUGAUGACCCAAGUUCUACUCUAUUGACAUUUCCCUUCCGUCUGAAGAGCACCCUUUAGUGAUUCUUUUAGAGAAGAUGCUGGCAAUGGUGUCUCUUAAUUUUCCUUCACCUGAGGAAGUCUUUUUUUCACUUGGGCAAAAACUUAUAAAGGGGAUUGUUG